AUGAAGAUUGAAGAAGUGAAAAGUACAUCAAAGGCACAGAGAAUUGCCUCUCAUAGUCACAUCAAGGGGCUGGGACUAGAUGAGAAUGGAUACGCUAUACAGUCAUCAGCAGGGCUUGUUGGGCAGGAGCUGGCGCGGGAGGCUGCUGGUGUUGUGGUGGAGUUGAUCCGGUCCAAGAAGAUGUCAGGGAGAGCAGUUCUUCUGGCUGGUCCACCAGGAACAGGCAAAACUGCCAUAGCGUUGGCCAUUGCUCAAGAGCUCGGCUCCAAAGUACCUUUCUGUCCAAUGGUCGGUAGCGAAGUUUACUCUUCAGAAAUAAAAAAGACAGAAGUUUUGAUGGAGAAUUUUAGGAGGGCUAUUGGACUUCGCAUCAAAGAAACCAAAGAAGUUUAUGAAGGAGAAGUGACAGAACUAACACCUGCAGAGACUGAGAACCCUAUGGGAGGCUAUGGGAAAACAGUAAGCCACGUUGUCAUCGGUCUCAAGACUGCCAAAGGAACUAAACAGCUCAAAUUGGAUCCCUCCAUCUACGAGAGUUUGCAGAAAGAGAAGGUGGAAGUUGGUGACGUCAUCUACAUUGAAGCAAACAGUGGAGCAGUCAAGCGCCAAGGAAGGUCAGACAACUAUGCCACAGAAUAUGAUUUGGAGGCAGAAGAGUAUGUUCCCUUGCCUAAAGGUGAUGUACAUAAAAAGAAAGAAGUCAUCCAAGAUGUCACCCUUCAUGAUCUGGAUGUAGCCAAUGCUAGACCCCAGGGAGGACAAGACAUCAUGUCAAUGAUGGGGCAACUCAUGAAGCCAAAGAAAACAGAAAUCACAGACAAACUUCGCAAGGAGAUCAACAAAGUUGUCAACAAGUACAUUGACCAAGGUAUAGCCGAGCUGGUGCCUGGUGUUCUGUUCAUUGACGAGGUUCACAUGUUGGACAUUGAAUGCUUCACCUACUUGCAUCGAGCUCUGGAAUCAACCAUUGCCCCAAUCGUUAUAUUUGCAACCAACAGGGGCAAGUGUGUCAUCAGAGGAACAGAAGACAUUGCAGCCCCUCAUGGCAUGCCCUUGGACUUGUUAGACAGGAUCAUGAUCAUCAGGACUCUUCCGUAUUCACAAGAGGAAAUGAUGCAGAUACUUAAAAUCCGAGCACAGACAGAGAGUAUUCAGAUUGAUGAUGAGUCCCUAAAGAUACUGGCCAGCACUGGGGUCAAGUCCACUCUCAGGUACGCCGUCCAGUUGCUGACACCUGCCAACGUCAUGUCUCGGAUCAACGGCAAGGAUUCUGUCACCAAGGAAGAGGUCGAUGAGAUAGCCAGUCUGUUCUAUGAUGCCAAAACCUCAGCCAAGAUUCUGGCAGAACAAGACAGCAAGUACAUGAAGUAG